AUGAGCCCAAACACUUAUUUGCAAGAAGCUUUGAUUCGAAAGACUUAUGAGAAGGCUGGUAUAAGCGACUUUUCGAAAACGGCAUUCUUCGAGUGCCAUGGCACCGGCACGCCGACAGGCGACCCGCUAGAGGUGGCAGCUGUUGCGCGAAUUUGGAAAGAUUAUGAUGGCGUCAUGAUCGGAGCUGUAAAACCAAAUGUCGGACAUUCUGAGGGCGCUGCUGGCCUAACUAGCGUCAUCAAAGCAGUUCUCUCCCUUGAGAACAGAAUUAUACCGCCAAAUAUUUAUUUGGACAACCCAAAUCCUAGAAUUCCAUGGGAAGAAGCCAAACUUUCAGUCCCGACAGAGCCAACACCUUGGCCUGCCGGCCGCGAUGAGCGAAUUAGCGUCAACUCCUUCGGUGUUGCAGGUUCAAAUGCACACGUAAACCUCUACCGCCCCCUCUUGAUGACUGAAACCUUUCUAAUCAUGUUUCUAAUCCAGGUCAUUCUUGAGUCUUUCGAAGGUUGGCAGAAGAUGCAAGACGACGCUAGCUCUAUCAGCUCGGAUUCCGGUAUCAGCGUUCGUUCAGCUGACGAACGCCUUCUGCUUUUCUCCGCCUCCCAUCUGACAUCCGUGGCGAAGCAAGUUGAGCAACAUCAAGAGUACAUCAAGACCAAGACAGCUGAUUUGGACGAUCUUGCCUAUACCUUGAGUCAUCAUCGCGACCAUCUAAAUUGCCGCGCGUAUGCCGUCACAAACCAUCAGGGAGACUUUGAGACAAGCAGCUUCAAACGCAAGCCUACAGUUCCACGUCGGACUGUCUUAGUAUUCACAGGCCAGGGUGUCCAUUGGGCGGGUAUGGGAAAAGCUCUAAUUGAGAAAAAUCCAGUGUUCCGAGAAUCCAUUCAAAAGUUGGACAUCUGGCUCCAGUCUCUGCCGGAGACUUACCGGCCAACUUGGUCUCUCGAGAAGGAGCUUUGUGUUGAUGAUGCGUCUAGCAAAGUGGGCCAGCGUGGAUAUUCUCACCCUUGCGCUACGGCUGUACAAAUCGCCUUGACUGAUGUCCUCGCCAAUCUUAACAUUCGACCUCAAGCAGUCUCCGGUCACUCUGGAGGAGAGGCUGCUGCAGCCUAUGCUGCCGGGAGUCUCUCAGCAGAGGCUGCCAUGGCAGUCGCUUACUUCCGCGGGUGGCUCCUGGUGAACGGGACUGUUCCGCCAGGAACCAUGGCUGCUGUCAGUCUAGGCCCCCGAGAAGUCGAACCAUUUCUCAUUCCCGGCGUUGUCAUCGGUUGUGAGAAUAGCCAGCUCAAUACCACACUUUCUGGAGACCCAGUAUGCAUCCAGCAUUGCAUUGAUCAAAUUACGCGCCGCCACCCGGAUGUGAAAGCCAAGGUUCUUAACCUUGAAACAUCUUUUCACUCUCCCUGGAUUGAGCCUCUUGCUGGGCCUUACGAAGAGCUUCUCAGGCCUUAUCUAUCCGAGGCUAAGGCUCCCAGUGUCCCUCACUUCUCCAGUGUCACUGGCCUUGAGAUGAUGGGAGAUGACUUCGGGGUAAAUUACUGGCGUCGUAACUUUGUACAGCCUGUGUUGUUCAACACAGCCCUACGGACAUUACUGAAGAGCAACAAUAGCAAUCUCUUCAUCGAAGUUGGUCCACACCCAGCGCUACAACGGCCUAUGAAUGAAAUCAUCCGCAGUGUUCCCGAUGCCACUUGCGAGUACGUCGCCACAUUACGCAGAGCUGAGGAUACUAAUACAUCAAUGCUCAAGCUGGCCGGCGAACUUUUCAUUCAGGGUGUAGAGGUAGAUCUAUCAAGCAUAAUACCCAAAGGCAGAGUACUCACCGAUUUGCCUACUUAUCCCUGGCUUCACGACGUGUCAUACUUUGACGAGCCAAGAAACCCCGCUCGUUAUAAGCAAAGGAAGCAUCCUCGCCAUGUCCUUCUUGGGUCCAGGGUGCUCGAAGGCAAUGACAUUGAGCCAGCAUGGAGAAACAUGCUUGACUUGAAAGAAGUUCCUUGGUUGAUGGAUCACAUUGUUAAUGGCCAAGUUGUCUUUCCGGGUGCAGGUUACAUGGCGAUGGCGGGAGAGGCUAUGCGACAAGUUUCACAUGGCGAAGAUGCCUAUACUAUUCGCGACAUGUCUAUUACGACUGGCCUAACGCUACCCAAAGAGAAGAAAAUGGAGCUCUAUACACGCAUGAUCCCCGAUGACAAGCCAUGCGAAGAGGGCCAGUGGUACAAUUUUAAGAUCAUGUCUUACGACGGGCAUCACUGGCUAACUCACUGUUCUGGCUUCAUCAGAUCUGGCGCUGAAGCGGAGAGAACAUCCAUCACGUGGAGCCAAGCAGAACAGGAGUUUUCUCGCAAGAUUGAAGCUGAAGCCUGGUACAAGGCGGUCAAAGCCAUUGGAAUUGACUGGCAGACUGCCUUUCAAGGCCUCGAUCAAAUUACGGCUAGCCCCACGACUCGAGAGGCGACUGCGUCUGUGUACGAUUUCGAGGACACUACACACUAUGCGGCACAUCCCACUCUCCUAGACCAGAUAUUACAAAUCAACCUGAUUGCUCAAACCCAUGGGCAAAAAAGGCGACUGGAUACAAUUCUUCUUCCGACCUUCGUCUCUCGUUUGGGUGUUUUGGGCAAUCAAGAGCUUUGCAUGAGAACCUAUGGCUGUAUUAAAGAAAGUCCAGAAGGCAUAAUUGCAAACUCUUCGAUUUACACUGAGAACGGGAAGCCAACUGUCUACCUUGAAGGCCUUUCUUACUCCGAGCUGCCUGUGGCCAAGCGUGAGGAAGUCCUGCUCGGAUCAACCUUUGAGUGGAAGCAGGAUAUUACCAUGAUCGACACUGUGAAUGAAGUCAAUGGCAAAGACACCCUGGAGGAGCUUCACAAUACGAUUAGCCUCUUGGCCUUCAAAAUUCCUGACUCUAAGAUUAUCGAGUUUGGUUCAGGAACCGUUAACGUCACGCGAGUCGCUCUUGAAGCUGUUCACCCUAGUCAACACAAGCGGCUUUAUUCGGAAUACACCUACGUCUGUAUAGCUGAAGAGAACCUCACCCAGCUAUCUGAAGACAUGAGCGAAUUUAAGGACGAGGAGAUAUCGCUUGUCGAUAUUGAACAGCUUUCAUUCUGUAGUGCUGUCGACAUUGUCAUAUUGCCUUUAUCAACUCUAUUAUCCGACGAAGGGUUUUUACAAGACGAUCUUACCGAGUUAAAGAUGAUUCAGACUACUGGAGGCAGACUAGUCGUUCACGAUCUUGACGGUGCUUGCAAUCGCAGCGUUCAAGAGGAUGAGAUCAUCCAGCGAUUGGAUAGCCUAGGUUACACUUUCCACUCUAAAACAAGCCAUGGAUUGAUUCUUGGGGAGCCAAACAAGAGACAACUCUCGAAAAAUCACACAGAUGUUGACAUCCUAGCUAACGAUACUCCACAAGGUAAAAAGCUUGCCAUCGAAGUUCAAAAUUAUUUGCAAGAACAGGGCCUUCAGGCUCACAUUUCUUUCAGCAAAAUUGUCCCUUCUGAGUCCGUAAACACAAUUUCUCUCCUGGACAUUGACAGUACCGUCGUCUAUGAUCUCAACUCUCAAACUUUCAGGCCAUUCAUGGACAGUUUAUGUAACCUGAAAGGUUCUCUUAUUUGGGUUCUUCCCUCCGUUCAUGCUUCUUGUAAUGAUCCUCGACCCGCCAUGGUACAGGGCGCUGCGAGAACUCUUCGCAUGGAAAACAAAGCAGACAUCACUCUUGUCGAGGUUGAUGAUGUCUCAAUUCAACAAAAGGGCUUCCCUAAAGCCCUCUACAAAAUCUACCAAAGCCUCACCAAGCGGCGCAAAGGCGGCGAACUCGAUCCUGAUUACGACUAUUCGAUCUUACAAGGCCAAGUGCACAUCCCCCGGAUGUAUUGGUUUGGUUUGUCCCACCCAGAAGUUGGCAAAGGUACUCCAGACAGAAGUGGAGUGCCUAAGUUCCGCGAAGAUGUAUCAUACCUCCUUGUAGGUGGGAUGGGUGGCCUUGGUCAGUCCGUCGCCACUUGGCUGCUUGAGCAUGGCGCACGCAACUUGAUAUUUCUCUCAAGAUCUGCAGCCAGUUCCAAGAACCAUUCUUUCGUUAAGGAGCUGAAGAGCUAUCCCAAUGCUACAAUCACAACUGUUUCAGGAGACGUCAGCAAACCUGAAGACGUUUCGAACGCUAUCAAGCAGGCUUCUAAACCUAUCGCUGGGGUUUUCCAGCUAUCAUUGGUUCUCAAGGAUAACUCAACGACCGAAAUGACCUUCGAAGAGUGGAAUGAUGUCGUCAGUCCUCGCGUCCACGGUACUUGGAAUAUUCACCAGGCCCUUCUUGAGGCUCAGAACCCUCUCGACUUUUUCGUUAUCUUCGGGUCUGGUGGUGGUCAUACAGGUUACUACGGCCAAGCCAACUACAGUGCAGCCAACACUUACCUCGAUGCAUUUGUGCAGUAUCGGCACAAAGUUGGCCUCCCAGCAUCAAUCAUUGAUCUUGGCGUGGUAGGCGACGUCGGCUAUCUCUUAGAGAGGGAUGAUCUCUACGAAGGUUUUAAAAACGGCGGUUUCUUCUUUCUUAAGGAGCAGGACGUCCUCGAUUACACAGCAAUCGCCAUAGGCCAUUCCACCGGUGGCCCUUACAGUAGCUUUUGUCUGGGCGGUCUUUCCGAAAAGGCACUCUCUGAUCCAUCCAACCGCGUCAACUGGAAAAGGGAUGUCCGCUUCGCACAAUCCCACUACUUCCACAAAGCUAAAGAGACGGGAGGUGGGGAAUCUACGGAGGACAAUGGGACGGAAGCUUUUGUAACUCUUGCGAGGUCUGAUCCCACUACCCUACGAGACAGCACCUCAGUUACAGGCCUUGCUCAGCUGAUCAGCGCAACGUUGAGCCAUCUGAUGCUACGGCCUGUAGAGGAUUUCCCGCUCUCCGAAAGUUUAACAUCUAUCGGUCUUGAUUCCAUCAUUUCCAUUGAGUUGGUAGAUUGGAUCCACCAGCAAUUCCACGUUGGCAUGACUUCAAUGGAGGUUACUCAGUGCGCCUCACUGAUUCACCUUGCUGAGAAGAUUAUUGAACAGUUGAUUGCGGCAUCUUAG